AUGGACAACCCGCUGCUGCCCUCCGUGCUGGAGAAGUUCCCGGGGGUGGAGGCCUGGCGCACGGCUGGGCGGCGGCAGCCCUUGACUGCACGCGGCGGCGGCGGCGGCGACUUGCAGGGCAGGUGCAGGGCGAGUCUGCGGUGGGGCAGUCAGCACAGCCGCGUGCACGCGCAAGAGGGCGAGCUCAGCGCGCUCGGCUGCGCUGCCGCGCUGCGCCGUCCCAGGGGCCUGCCGGAGUGGCAGCAGCAGCUGUCCAGCGGGUGCUGCUUGGCGCACGCGCAGUCUGCAGUGGGGCAGGCCAGCAGCCUGCCCUGGCCGCCAGAUGCGAACGACUGGGACCUCAAGGGCCUCGAGAUGUUCGUGGGCAGCGGCGGCUUCCUCAAGCCGAAAAGGCGGGCAGAGGCGCCGAAGCCCGCGCCAGCGCCGGCGCCGCCAGCUGCUGGCGGCCCCGCCCCGGCCGCCGCAGCUGCCUCUGCGCCAGGGGCGCCGGCGGAGAAGGGCUACCCCGCCGGGAGAGCCGCGCCAGCGCCAGCCGCCAUCACCAGCGGCGGCCGCCGCCUCGGCCGUGGCGCCCGUGGCAGGCGGCGGGGAGGGCUCGGAUGGCUUGCCACCGCUGGCCUUUGAGGAGGUGAGCUGGUGUGAGGCGAAGGGGGCCUUCAUGCUGCUCGUUCGUGUGCACUGCGAGGAC